AUGCUUUGCUCUUCCCUACGAAAACGACUAGGCUGGGGUGCUGUGGUUCCUGACAUCCUCGUGGACAAGUCGCUGAAGUGGAGAGAGGCGCAGAUUGGCAGCCAUGACAUCGCAUUUCCGGUUCACCAGCCGGGCAAACGCACGAGGACCUAUAGGAUCUCCCUGUUUACGAUUACGGGUGUCAGGACAUCAGAAGGACGGGAACGCUUGAAGACGCUGGCUCGGCUUAAUGGCGGAACGGACAUCGCUGCUCUAGUUUUGGUGGGAGAAACAGCGGGACCAGGGCCGGGCGAAGGAAAUGGCCAAGACUAUGGUAUGAGUGCAUUUCUCAAGCUACAGGUCGAAAGGCGGAUGAACAGGGCUCACGGAUCAGAACAACCGGCGACACGGACGCUCACGGACGACAUGUCUCGGAGAGUUGCGCAGGUCGCCUGCUGUGUAAUCGGGAACCCGCUGUCAGAAAAGCAAGCUCGGGUUCUAUGUACGAUUUCGAAUAGCUUGAAAGAUCUGGCGGAGACGGCGAUGAGCGCGGAAGGGCAGGCUUCGUUGCGCAAGUGUUUAGUCCCCUCCUCCUCAUCGUUCCCCGACAGCUUCGAGCGAGGAAGAACCCGAUCUCCCGCCCAUACGAUUCUUUCGCGCUUCCGAGGGGGCAUUGACCUAGAGGCUCUGUCGCCUAGGGACGCGAAUGCCCAAAGGAUGCCAAACAACAAGGCAGCUGAGCUCAAGGUCAAGGCCGCGCAAUUCAAAGCAGCCAAGGAGAAGGAACAUCCCCCUCCGCCUCCCGCUCAAGUUCUCGAGCCGCCCACUCCUAGCAAUCCCAAGGGUUCUGUGUACCAGGUCGGAAAGCUCCUCGGAAAAGGAGGCUUCGCCAUCUGUUACUAUGGCCUGCUGGAGGGUACUAAGCAGCGAUACGCUCUUAAGAUUGUGAAGAGCAAGAUGCCGCCCAAGAUGGAACAGAAGUUUCAAACCGAGCUGCAAAUACACUCCAAGAUGAAGCACAAGAAUAUCGUCAACUUCCUCCGCGCAUUUAGCUUUGAGCAAUCCACAUACCUCAUCCUUGAACUCUGUCCCAACGGCUCGCUCAUGGAUAUGGUCAAGAGGAGAAAAGGUCUCACCGAACCCGAAGUGCGCUUCUACGCCGUCCAGAUUUCUGGUGCUAUCAAAUACAUGCACGGUAAAGGAAUCAUCCACCGUGACUUGAAGAUGGGCAACAUCUUUCUCGACUCGAGGAUGAAUGCUAAGAUUGGCGACUUUGGCCUCGCUGCCUUGGUGGUGACCGGACGAGACAUGCAGACCAUAAGACGUACCACUCUCUGCGGCACCCCUAACUACAUCGCCCCCGAGAUCUUGGAGAAGGGGAAGAAGGGCCAUGACCAUAGCGUAGACAUUUGGAGCUUGGGCAUUAUAAUGUUUGCGAUGCUCACCUCAAAACCUCCUUUCCAAUCCUCGACGACCGACGAAAUCUACCGCCGUGCGCGUGACCGCGAUUAUGAAUGGCCUGAUCCGGAAACAACCCAAAAGUUCAUCAGCGGGGAGGCCAAGGACCUGGUCGCCAGUAUGCUAGAGAGUCCAGAGUCCCGUCCCGACCCGGAUUCCAUUGUCCAGCACCCCUGGUUCCGCGUAGGCUACAUGCCUGUGCCUGCCGAUAUCACACCCAGGCUUCGCGAGCUUCCACCUGAGCGCUCAGAAUUCUACAUGGAUGAAUUAACGGAGGAGCAAUACAAGGAGUCCCUUGAAAACUUGAGGACUCUUUCUAUGGACUGCAUGGUUGGCCCUUAUGCCCCCGUGCAGGUGAUCCACUCUCAAGUGUGGAAGGAGAUGGCCGCUGAGGAGAAGGCUUGCCUCACUCCCAUGAUCCCCUUAGCAGAAGGAAUUGUUUACCGACCGUUCGAUGAGUGGCUUGGAGAGCAACCUCAGUCUUCUUCCGGCCGGGUGCGCAGGCUAUUACCCUCGCAUCAACAAUACCAGCAGCAGCAACAACAGCCGCCUCAACAGAUCCAGGCGCAAAUACCCCAAAAGCUACAGACCGUCACUGAAGACUUGACAACCAAAUCUGGUACUGUGCCGACCGGUCUACUUAGGCAACCACCUCAGAGCUUCGCCGCCCAGCAGCGAGCGCAGGGUCGACCCGCAGCUGUCAUGAUUCCUCGAGCUCCUCCUCCCACUUCAGCCACCUCCAUCAACUCCGCCGCGUCGACUCCAAUGGCCCCUCCUUCGGCAGUAAAGACUUCUAUGACGACCGCCAGUACUGUUUCCCGACAACGAGGGGUGACGUCCGAGAGGACUCAACAACAAGCCCUUGAAACUAUCCAGCGCGAGGAGCUGCGCCUUGGAUUGCGCUCGCGUCCCCGUCGGGAAGGACACCAAGUCGCUGCCGAACCUCUCGCUCUGCGAUCACGUAGUGAAACGAUCCCAAGAAUCGAUUCGGAGGCGCCAGCCAGGACUAAGUUGCCAUCCUCCUCAGGUCACACUCGCGCGGCCUCUUCUGCCUCGGCUGAGCGUCAGACAUUAACUCGGGAAACUCAAUCAGCGCCGGCCACCGUAAGAGGGCCGUCUACUCCCAUGAUUAAGUCAUCUCUUUUCAGUCCCUUGGAACGCACAGCGGAGGUAGCCGGUACUCAGCCCGAUAUCAUCCUAAGCCGUCUGCAGCGAUUACAGACCGAGCUGGAACGAGCCCUCAACGCGCGCACCAUGGCCAUCAUCACAUCCAAGACUGUAGCGCCUCCUCACCCUCAAGUGGUUGUGAAGUGGGUUGACUACACGAACAAGUUCGGCCUCGGCUACAUCCUAAACGACGGCAGCAUCGGCUGCGUCCUGCGCGAAAUCGCGACGCCCGAGGGAAGCAAGGCGGUGCUUUUGCCCCCUGCAUGCAUGGUCAUCCAAAAUUCGGAGCGCCACGUCCAGCUCCGCCAGGACGAGCGAUACGCGGACAGACACCAACCAGUCCCCAUGAACCGAAACAUCCACUUCUUCGAGAACCGCGGAGAGGCAGGACUCGCGCAGCUGACGGUUUCGCCCGAGGAGUUCCGCGUGCCCGUCGGCGACAACGGGGUGCCCGCUAAGCUCGGGCCGGGCUCGGACGCGUACCAGUAUCGGAAGCGGGAGAGGAUCAUCCUCUGGAAGAAGUUUGCAAACUACAUGAUCGCUUAUGGGAGGGAUGAUGGAGUUGCGGGCGAUGCAUCACCGCUGAAGGAGGCUAUGCCGUCGGGCGUGGAGGAGAUUGAUCCGGCUCAGGUCGUCAUUUUCUAUCAGAGAUUUGGCGACGUUGGCUGUUGGGUGUUCUGCGACGGCCACCUUCAGUUCAAUUUCCCAGAUCACACAAAGCUCGUCCUCGACUCGACGGGCACCUGGUGCCACUUCUGGCACCUCCCCGAAUUCGCCGCCACCCAGCUCGCCAACGCCGGGAAGCUAAUCCCCAACGCCCUCGACGAGCGCGGCGUCCUCUCCUACCCCCUCCAAACCCUCCUCAACUUCCAGACCAAACCCAACGCCACGCGCUCCACGCGCUCAACCACGGCCUCGACGCGCCGCCGACCCGAAAUCCCUCCCGAGCUGCAGGGCAUCCCCGCGGCCAACGACUUCCGCCGCAAGGUGGACUUCGUCAAGCGCGUGGUCAAGGAAUGGGUGUCCAACGGCGGCCUCGGAAACAGCUCCAUGAGCCGCGAGAGCAGGCUCCGGUGGACGGGGUUCCGCGAGACGGUCAACGUGCCUAUCCCGCAGAAGCACGUUUGGGUUACCGUCGGCGCUCGCUGGGGGGAUCGGAGGCUUACGGCGUAUGUGGAUCCGAGGAAGCCGGAGGAGAUUGGGGAGGAUAUUGACGAGUCGAGGAGGAAGAAAGUUGCUGCGAGGAGUGACAUGUAA